GUAGUUUAACAUGCUUCGGUAAAAAUCUGUAGUAAAGAUUAUUAAACAUGGUGGUGACAGAAGCUAGUGCUGGUAGGAGAAUUGGAAGUGAUGAAGAGUAUAAAGAGUAAAUUAAAAAUGAGAGGUCCUCUUGUUGCUUCUGCUCUAGCAGUUACUAUAUGACCUUUUUGGAUGUAAAUGGUGUGUAGUAAUCCAAUGUUAAUAGACAGUGUUUAUUUAUCAUUAUCUUCAUUUAAUGACAAGAUAGUCUUAUAUCAGUGUAGUUUAUCUUUAAACAAGCUUAACAAUUAUAACUCGCAAUUUAUCUUAUCAACAGACACAUGAAAGGUUCGCUCUCACACAUAUAUGCACAACUGUUAGGAAAAUGGAUGACGUUGAACUUCGGUUUGAGCCAAUGACGGAUGAGCUAAGUGUGCAGCUACGGAUGUUCUGCCAGGAUUCGAUGCCUGCCGGUGAGGUAAGAGUCUAUCCCACCGGCUCAGUCCUUACCAAGGCUUACCAAGAUUAUGCUCAGCAGAUUCUGGAUAUGGAAGUGAGGCACGAUGAUAUCUGGGUAGUCUCUUUCCCUAAAUGUGGCACUACAUGGACUCAAGAAAUGGUAUGGCUGUUAAAAAACAACCUUGAUUAUGAAAAAGCUAAAUCUUCUUAUUUACACCUAAGAUUUCCUUUCUUAGAGUUUAAACCUUUGUGUGGAGACCAACUGGCAGAAAGCAGCCCUGAUUACUUCCAACAGAUAAAAGAGACACCUUCACCUCGAUUCAUCAAGAGCCAUUUACCUUUAGAACUGCUCCCAAAGCAGAUAUGGACAAAGAAACCUAAACUUGUAUACGUGUUCAGAAACCCCAAAGAUGCUGCCAUAUCGUACUUCCAUCACUUCAAGAUCUGGAACAACUACAAGGGUCCAUUGGAAGUUUUUCUUGAGGGUUUUAUUCAAGAUAAAGCUGUUUACAGUCCAUUUUGGGAACAUGUGCUAUCAUUUUGGAAGAUCAGAAAUGAACCUCACAUUCUCUUCAAUACGUAUGAGGAAAUGAAAAAGGACCUACGCUCAGUAGUCAGAAGGACUACAGAGUUCCUGGAAGAGAGCUACAGCGAGGAGCAAGAGAGAAUUCUAAUAGAACAUCUCAGCUUUCCCAAUAUGAGAGACAAUAGGGCAGUCAAUUAUGCUGAUGUGACGCCACAGGAUAAGAACAUGGCAUUCAUGAGGCAAGGUGAAACAGAGGCUUGGAGGAAAGAAAUGAGCCCUCAGUUUGCCAAAAGAUUUGAAGAAUGGACUGCCAAUAAGCUCAAAGGCACAGACUUCCCUUUGCCAAGUUAAAUUAGGACACUUAAGUAACUCUACAGAUUAUUAUGCAGUUUACUAUAUCUUGAAAAUCCAUAAAGGAAUCAACUAAAUUAACCCUAGACAUUUGUAUUAAAUGGGAUUAAUGACAUAUAUCCAAUUAUAGUAUUAGAUGUAUGGAUAAGAGAAUUAACUCCCUGUGGCACACAUUGCAUUUCUAACUAAUGAUUAUGGCCUCGUUUGGGCACAGUUGGGAUAUCCAGCUAAUGAACAUCUACCUACUCUUAUGUUUGUCAUAAUACAUAAAUGUAUCAACAUGAGUAAUAAAUCAUUACCAACGUUUAAACUAGGAACACUUAAGUAAGUACACAUAACGUAGCUAUGAUAGUAAGGGUUGAUUCAAUUGGAUUUUGAGUUUACCUACAGUUCACUAUCCUUUAAUUGCAGCAUCUGGUAUCUGACACUACAAUAAAACCGGAGCUAAACUCAAAAUUCAACUUGGUACAUCUUUCCUUUUUAUUGUCAUUCAUGCCAUAACAACAGCAAUUGUUGAAAAUCCGAUUUGUCUUUGUUACAAUUCACUCCAUUAUGCCGAAAUACUUACAUGUUUGAUUGUUUGGUGGAAGAGGUGGACUUUUGUCUUAGUAAUUGUUUCAUUUAUUUGUUUUUUAUCUACAUUUGUAAUGCUAUCUCACUAUUUCAUGUUACAAUUUUACUUGGUGAAUUAAAAUUCAGUUGUUGACAUAAUGUCUGUAAAUAGACUGAGGAAAAAUAUUUACUGUAAUCUCAAGGUGGUUUUUAAUAAAAUAUUUUUCAAUAAAAAAA